CCCCCAAAUGCUGCAAAUAACGUUUCUGAUUUUAUGUGGCUGGCUUAAUAUUGCCAACGGAAUCACUUCUGCCGACAUCAUAGCUUCGCACAACUACCCGGUGGAAAUACACACCGUGCAUACAAGAGAUGGAUACAUACUCAGCGCGUUUCGCAUACCGACCUCGAUGUUUUGCAUGCAUUCAGGACCAAAGCCGGCGGUUCUCUUCCAGCACGGAAUGACAGCCUCGUCGGAUGUUUUCCUGGUGAACGGACCCCGUGAUGCCCUACCCUUCAUGUUGGCCGAUGCAUGCUAUGACGUGUGGCUAAGUAACUCGCGGGGCACCCGCUACUCGCGACGCCACAUCACUCUGGAUCCCACGGACAAAGCCUUCUGGCGCUUCAGCUGGCACGAGAUCGGCACAGAGGACGUGGCCGCCACGAUAGACUACAUCUUGGCCACCACGAACCAGACAGCGGUGCACUACGUGGGACAUUCGCAGGGCUGCACCACGCUGGUGGUGCUCCUCAGCAUGCGGCCGGAGUACAAUCAGUUGGUCAAGACCGCCAUCCUGAUGGCUCCGGCUGUCUUCAUGCGCCACACGUCCACGCUGGGACAAAGUCUUUUCCGGAACUAUAUUAUGCGACUGCCCGACUGCGAGUUCUUGUUCCACAACAGAAUUUUGAAUGCCAUCAUGAAGGUUUUGUGCGGAAAAUACGUUGUGAGGGUGCUUUGCUCAGCCUUAUUUAUGCUCACCAACGGACAAGUUUCCGAGCACCUAAACAGAAGCAUUAUUCCAUUGAUUAUGGCCACUCAUCCGGCGGGAAUCUCUUCGCGCCAGCCAAAGCACUUCAUCCAGCUCACGGACAGUGGAAAGUUCAGGAUGUUUGACUUCGGGAUCUUGGCGAACAUAAUCAUAUACAGGAGCGCAUCACCUCCCGAUUAUCCGCUGCAUAACGUCCGUCCUUUGACGCCGGUCCACAUAUUCUACAGUGAACAGGACUUUUCCACGAGAAUGGAGGAUGUUCUGAAUUUUGCCUCUAGGUUGCCCGAGGCGCAGAUGUACCGCAUCCAUGAAACGUCUUGGCACCACAUGGACUUCCUGCAUGCUAUGAGCGUCGCUGAAGUGAUUAACAAACCGAUUAUCAGAAUUUUUCAACAGUUUGACCAACUUAACCCAUACCAAGCUUAUAUUUAUUCAUAAGCGCUUUUAUAAACUUAUUUUGUCAUUACGUUACAUAAAUAUAUUUCGAUUUUAUCAAA